GUAUAAAACCUUGAGAGGAACUAGAGAGCUAUGACAUCACGGUUACGUCAUCACUUCAAGGUGUAAACAAACAAGGAAUAUCAGGCGGCCUGCUCCCAACCUCCUUCUUUACCUUACUGACCUAUCCCUGGCCUUCCCUGGUGGUCCCUAAGGCUCCUAAUUACUUCACCAGCCAUGAAUCUCCCAGCACAAGCCCUCAGCAUAUUGGACACGGCUCUCAGGGUACCGCCGCUCUUUGUAAUGGAUGAAAUAUUAAAAUGCUGCUUCGGGUUCUCUAACAACAUACACGCCAGAUAUUCAAGCUUUUUCGUGGAUGAAAACCCAUUUCUCAAUGAUGAAGGGUUUGGACACCUACAGAGCGAGGAACUGAAGCACUGGCCAGCUGACAAUGACACCACAGUGGAGCUUGAGGAGUACCCAAUGUUCUCCACUAUUGCUCUCACACUUGCCAAAAUACUCAUGUUUAUAUUAGUGUACUUACUAGCCACAGUGGUGUUCCUGCUGAGCUCUCAGCGGCUGGUGCAGGUGUACCUGGUGGUGGCCAGUGUGGUGGUGGUGGUUGUGGGGUACCAGCUCAACGUGGCCACCCUGCUAUACCUGGCCUCUCCCCCACACUGCGACAGUCCUCCCUUGCUGUACAGCCUGCUCUCCCUCAACACCACAGCCAUCCAGGGCAGCGGCACCACCAUCACCACCCUAGGGGCCAAUUACCUGUGUCAGGGUGGCUUGGGAUACCUGUUCACCCUGCUGCACUCUGGGCCAACACACCCACUGCUGCACCGCCUCCUCAUCCUCUCCUUCCUCUGCCCAAGCUUCUCCCUGCUGCUGCCGCUCCCUGAGGCCAUCCUCUCCACCGUGCCACUGUUCGCCGCACUGCUGCCACUGGCCACCGUUAAGUACGGGGUGGCUUGUAGGGCGGCAGGGGGCUGCCGGGUAGUGGCGGGUGGCUACCAGUAUGCCCGCACUGUAAUGAGGGAGUUCGGCUUGCACUCGCUGCUGGAGAGCGAGUGGGUGCGGCUCAAUGUGCCCAAUGUGCUGCGCACAUUUUGGCUGGUGCGCACCUCCAACCAUGUGGCUGUGCUGCUCGGGGACUUCAUGCAUGCCCGAGGGGAGCGGCAGUCCCUGUGGGAGCUGGACGCGGCAGCACUGUAUGUCAUCUUCAAGGCCGUCAUGACGCAGGGCUGUGAGACGGCUGUGGCACUGCUAGGCAUGACCAGCGUGGUGUCCUACGCCAGCCACUACGUGGGUGUAGCCUUCCAGAUGGUGCUGCUGACAUCAGAGGAUGACGACCGCAGCAUGGGCACGGUGUGUGCCAUCCUGUUCUUCAUCCUGGCGGAACAGAGCGGUCUCACUGUCAUGGAGGGCGAGAAGCGCUUCGUCAGGCUGUGCCGCAACUUCUGCCUGCUGCUCACUGCCAUGCUGCACUUCAUUCACAACAUGGUGAACCCGGUGCUCAUGUCUCUCAGUGCCUCCCGCAAUCCUGCGCUGUACCGCCACGCCCGGGCCCUGCUGGUGUGCUGCCUGCUGGUGCUGCUGCCAGCUGCCUUACUCUACCUGCUGUGGUCCUGCUACCCACUGUCCACCUGGCUGCUGGCCGUCUCCGCCUUCUCCGUGCAGGUAGUGGUCAAGACGCUGGUGUCUGUGCUGAUCUACGCGUUAUUCCUUGUGGAUGCCUAUCGCGCCGCCUUCUGGGAGCGGCUGGACGACUAUGUGUACUACAUCCGCGCCUUUGGGAACAGCGUGGAGUUUGUGUUUGGCAUCCUGCUGUUCUUCAAUGGCGCAUGGAUCUACCUGUUCGAGUCUGGCGGGUCGAUCCGUGCCUUCAUGAUGUGUAUCCACGCAUACUUCAACAUCUGGUGCGAGGCACGCAACGGCUGGACAGUGUUCAUGAAGCGUCGCACCGCCGUCAACAAGAUCAACUCACUGCCUGAGGCAUCAACAGAGCAGCUGCAGCAGCACGAUGACGUGUGUGCCAUCUGCUUUCAGGCGCUGCACAGUGCCCGCAUCACCCGCUGCAGCCAUUACUUCCACAGUGUCUGCCUGCGCAAGUGGCUGUAUGUGCAGGACUCCUGCCCACUGUGCCACGAGACACUCUACAAGGUGGAGGUGCCAGAGGACCAGCAGCACCAACAGCAACAGCAGCAGCAGCAGCAGCAGCAGCAGCAGCAGCAGCAGCAGCAGGCUGGCCAGGAGGAGGAGGAAGAGGUGUGGGACAUAGUGGCCGAUGGGCUGCCAGCACAGGCCCCAGACGAGCCCCAGCAGGGGGAGGAGGUCAACCUGCCAAUGUGGGGUCAGCAGGACAUUGACCUCAUCCUGGGAGAGAACAUGGCUGGCCGACAAGUGGUGGUGGACCAGGAGGUUGGGGAGGCAGUGCUGCAGCCUCCACCACUGCCCCCCCUGGCCCCUACCUCCCAAGAUGAGCUGGACGGUGACGCACAGCACGACAAUAGGAUGUUCAACCUCAGACUGCGCAGAGGUCACAUGAUUGACCAGGACAUAGGUCAGCAGUAGUUAGUGAGGAGUUCCUGGCUCUCUCUCUCUCUCUCUCUCUCUCUCUCUCUCUCUCUCUCUCUCUCUCUCUCUCUCUCUCUCUCUCUCUCUCUCUCUCUCUCUCUCUCUCUCUCUCUCUCUCUCUCUCUCUCUCUCUCUCUCUCUCUCUCUCUCUCUCUCUCUCUCUCUCUCUCUCUCUCUCUCUCUCUCUCUCUCUCCUUUCCAGGGGGGUGACUGUGAAGUCUGCCACCGAGAGAGAGAGAGAGAGAGAGAGAGAGAGAGAGAGAGAGAGAGAGAGAGAGAGAGAUAGAGAGAGAGAGACAUUUGUCUAGUACUAAAUAGGCACAAUUCAUUGCAUGUUCACCAAAUACUGUGUAUGCAGCAGCAGCGGAUAAUGUUGUGUUGAUUGGUACUGUAUGCUUGAGCCUUGUCAUGUGUGUGUGUGUUUGUGUGUGUGUGUGUUUGCAACACACUGAAGGUGGUGUAGCAGCAGCAGCAGCAGCAGCAGCAGCAGCACUGCUCACACUGUCAGACAGUCAGACAGUCAGACAUAGCCUGCCUGCCUUAUACCAAAAAAUGGUUUUCAUUUGACACAUGUGAUAUAAUUUUAGGAUCAUAUUAGUUUAAAGUUAAUUUUUCACAAGGUUACUACUAAACCUUUAUUUGUAAAUAUUAAGGAACUCUCGUUGUAAUAUUACUUGCUGUAAUGAAGUAUUUCCUUGCUGAAGAAAAUUAUUUUUUAUGGCUGUUUUUAUUGUAUGAUUGUUAUAAAUAUAUGUAUGGCUUUUGAAUUGUACAAAGAGGUUUACUUAAUACCAGCUUUGUAUUAAGUAUUUGUAUGUAUAUAUGACAUUCUUAGGCUUGCAGUUAGUUACAACUUUUCUAUGGUAGUAAUAAAACCAUUACUGAUUGAGAAGAUCAGCCAGCCAGGGUGGUGAAUGAUGCUUGCACAACUUUUGUACCAUCAACUCCUACAUCCCACUCUGGAAAGCAGCGAUGGCCAAGGUGCACUUUUGGCAACACUAACCUGGUACUGCCUAAGUGAUGAAGAUGCAAGACUGUGUGUGUGUGUGUGUGUGUGUGUGUGUGUGUGUGUGUGUGUGUGUGUGUGUGUCAGGCUUCCUUUCACCUGAGGAUUAUCACUUUUCUAUGCUGUCAACAAUCUUUUUUUCUUUUCUUUUUUUUUUUCAUACCAGGUUAGAGUUUUCCUAAUAGUACCUUGUUAAGAAUGCUCAGGAGGCAAUGAAGAGUGUCACUAGGAAGCGUACGAGUGAGUGAGUGAGUGAGGGAAGUGUGGAGUCAGUGUGGCUUAGCAUGUACUGGCCAGGCAGGGCUGAGACAUGGCAAGGCAAGGCUGUGGAGAUACCAAGAUACACACUCAAAAGAGCAUUGUUACAGUAGUGAUACUUAUUCGUGUGUGUACAUUUAUAUACUACGUGAAUCUUUGCACAGUGUACUACCUCAAGUGCUUCAGUUGUUUACAUUAUCACAUCACACUCACUUAUUUCCUAUGUGUUUUUUUUCUAUUCUUUUCUCAACCUUCUUCCAACAGUGUUGACUUUGAAGAGAGAGGUAUGCAUAUCUUUUCCACAUUUCUGGCUACCAAUCUCAACUUUCAGAAACUGUAUGGUUUGCUCCAUUCUUUAUAAAAACGUCAACUUUGUAAAGCUGUAUAUAUGUCUCUAAUCUCUUCUCCAACAGUUUAAACUUUCAAAACCUGUAUCCUAAAUUAUAUAAGAAAGACAAGUAAAAGUUUCAAAAGUUUCACGCAAAGGACAAGAAUGACUGAAGUGUUGUACUGUGCAAUGUUCACUUGACUCAGAGACAGUUUCGGAUGAUACAUCUUUGACCUUCACCUGCCGCCUCACCACUCACAGGAAGGAAAUAUUUAAGGACACGUGUACAAAACUAAACUGAUGGUAAAUGAAUGCUGAGAGUGAAGUGUAAGAAUAAAGUAUACCCUUCC